GCCCAGGCGUGUGGGGGGCUCCAGGUAUGCGGGGGGGGCCCAGGUGUGCAGGGGGGACAAAGGUGUCGCCGCCCAGGGCUCGGCCAUGGACCGGAUGAAGAAGAUCAAGCGGCAGCUGUCGAUGACGCUGCGGGGGGGCCGCGCCCCCGAGAAGGGUCUGGGGGACCCCCGCGACGGCCACGGCAGCGACAGCGAGGCAGGGGGGGAGGAGGGGCGAAUGGGAUCGGACGGGGAGAGUGACCCCCCCUCGGGGACAUCCUCGGAGGAGGUGGCAUCGCCCGUGCGCCUGCGCCAGCACCCGCGGCCCAGCGCCUGCGAGGUGGGACUGGGGGGACUGGAGGCACUGGGGGGACUGGGGGCACUGGAGAGCACUGGGGGGAUUGGGAGCACUGGAGAACACUGUGGGGCACUGGGGAACUCUAGGGGGACUGGGGACACUGGGGGGACUACACGGGACUGGGAGGCUGUGCACAGUGUCAGGCUGUUCCUGUUCCAGCUGCUGCGGGGCCUCGCGUUCUGCCACCGGCACAAGGUGCUGCACCGCGACCUCAAGCCCCAGAACCUCCUGCUCAGCCGCCGUGGGGACCUCAAGCUCGCCGACUUCGGCCUGGCCCGAGCCAAGUCCAUCCCAACCAAGACGUACUCGAGCGAGGUGGUGACGCUGUGGUACCGCCCGCCCGACAUCCUGCUGGGCUCCACCGAGUACUCCACCCAGAUCGACAUGUGGGGCGUUGGCUGCAUCUUCUCAGAGAUGGUGACGGGGCGGCCGCUGUUCCCCGGAGCCACCGUGGAGGAGCAGCUGCACUUCAUCUUCCGCCUGCUGGGGACCCCGACGGAGGAGACGUGGCCGGGGAUCGGGGCCAACGCUGAGUUCCGGGCCCACAAGUACCCGCUGUACCCGCCCGAGGGGCUGCGGCACCACGCCCCACGGCUGGACCACGACGGCGCCGACCUGCUGGGGCAGCUGCUGCAGUUCGAGGGGCGACGGCGGCUGCCGGCGGCGGAGGCCAUGGCUCACCCGUUCUUCGGCUGCCUGGGCCCGCGGGUCAGCGCCCUGCCCGACACCACCUCCAUCUUCGCGCUGAAGGAGAUCCAGCUGCAGAAGGAGCCGGGGCUGCGCGCGGCCCCCCUGCCCCCCCCAGGUUCUUCCGCCUUCCGGGUGCUCGACACUGAAUUCUGAUGCUGAGCAGCCCCUGGACUGCUGCUGCAACCCCCCAGGACCCCCCAAAACUGGGGGGGGUUGCCACAAAACUGGGGGGUGACGCCCAAGAUAAGGGGUCACCCCAGAACUACAGGAGGGCCCCCUGGACCGGUAACCACGGCCCCCCAAAAGACCCCCGAGGAACUGCUGCUGGAUUUUGGGGGGCGUCAUGUGGGACCCCCCAUUGGAGGGGGGUUUGGGGUCCCCCCUAUUUUUUUGGGGAGUUCCCUUGAGUCUGGGGUUUCUUCCCCCCAAUUUACUUCGAGUUUUAUUUUUUCAAGGCAAUAUUAUAAAUAAGAGUCUAUAUGGGUCCCUCCCCUCAAGGGGCGGGGCUCAGAGGGGGUGGAGCACAGCAGGGUGGGGCCUAGCAGGGGCAGGGCCACCCUGGGAGCAGUUUUGGGGCGGGGGGCGGGGAGGGUGAGUUACAGUGCCCUUCUGUGCUUACUCUGAGGUUACUUACACUCAACUCCAGGGUUACCCUGUUGUUAUUUGGGGCCUCAGCAUCUCCCAGGAGGUUCCCCAGCGUGGAGGGGCUUCCUCUGAGGUUGGUCCCACUUCACUCCAGGGUUACCCCAGGGUUACUCAGGCCCAACUCUGACUUUACUCCAGGGCAGCUCAGGCCCAGCUCCGUGGCCGUAUCUGCCCUACUCCAGCCUUAUUUCAUGACUCCUCAGCCUCUCCUUGCUCACUGCUGUGGUGUUACUCAGUUUCUACUCUUGAUUACUCAGAUGCUACUCAGCUGGGGCUCCCCUCCCUCCCCUGGGUUGCUCGUGGAGAUUAUUACUCCGAGCCUUCUUGGCCCUUA